AAAGCCCUCUCGGAUAAUACUACACAUCACUUACUCUCUCUCUAGGGUUUAAAAUCAACUGCUCAAAUUCUCCCCGUCUCUCUCUAAACUCGUAAUCUUGGAUAUUAGUGGUUGGGACUUUCCUGGUGAAACCCUAGUUUAUGAGCUUCAAAACUUGUAAAUUUUGUGUCUUUUCUUCAAUUGAAGAAAAGACAUGGUUCAUACUAAGAAAGAAAGCAAUGGAUGUGCAGGUGGCAGUGGAAAUGGGAGUGGAAUAGUGGCAUUGAAUACUGUCCUUAGUGCAAAUGGCACUGCAAAAGUUGAAAAUAGUGGUACAAAUUUCACUAGGUUGGCUGGCGAUUCUUUACGUACAUACAAGAGGCGAAAGAAUGUGAAAUGCACAGAUCGUGGGAAGGUUUCGGAAGAUUCAGUGAGUCAAAUUACUGAAAAGUCAGUGAAGCCAUUAUUGGAUGCAGUUCCAUUCACAAAUUUUAAUACGCAAGUUAGUGGUUCUCAGAAAGUAGCUGAUGCUCUUAUGAAUUCCAAUGAUUUCUCCCUCAAGAAACAGAGAAAUUAUGUUUUGGAGCAAAUAUGUCAGUCAUUAGAGAGUGAAGGUGCUUUGAAGAAAUGCAUUCAAAAUGCUCUUUUGUUUCAUCCGGGAAGUGGUAGCAGAACUACUAUUAAGUUUGGUCCCCAGGACUCUAUUUAUUCUUGUGAAAAUGGAAGCAAAUGCUCCUUGCAGACUGGGUUUGUAUGUGACGAUAUCCAAAAUGCAGCUCUAGGCAGUGUAGGUAAACCUUUCAGAAGAUCAGUUAAUGAAUCGAAUCAUUGCACUGGUACAGAACUCUGUCGGUGCAUGUUUUCCGAUAUCAUUAUGUCAGAAAAAUUUGCCCAACUAUGCAGUUUACUGCUCGAAAAUUUUCAUGGAUUGAAGGCUGACAAAUUAUUAGAUUUGAGUCUAAUAAACUCAAAGAUGGAGGAGGGUGCAUAUGAAAGUUCACCAGUGCUCUUCUAUUCGGACAUUCAACAGGUUUGGAAGAAGCUCCAAAAGGUUGGCACUGAUAUGACAACCCUUGCAAAGUGUCUUUCAGAUAAAUCAAUUACUUCUCUUAGUGCACAGGUGGGCAGUUCUGGACACAACAUUCCUGAGGAUUGCAGGCAUGAGUUUCUUACACAAGAAUCUGACAUGCAUGCUAAAGUGGAGCAAACAGAGGCCUGUCCUAUCUUUGAAGUCCGCUCUUGCAGGUGUUGCGGAGAGAAGUCAGAUGGAAGCAAUGGUCUAGUGUGUGAUUCUUGUGAGGAAAUGUAUCACGUCUCCUGUAUUGAACCUGCUGUGAAAGAAAUUCCCCUCAGAAGUUGGUACUGUACCACCUGUUCGUCAAAGGGGAUUGAAUCCCCACACGAUGACUGCAUAGCUUGUGAGAGACUGAAUGCUUCCAGAUCAUUGAUUGAUGCUGAUGGAGGAGAUGACCUCGUGGAUGAGGAAGCGCCUGAGGAACUGGAGGAUAGUUCAAAUGAGCUAGUCAGCGAUGAAAUUGAGCUGGAAAGGGAGUUUCAAAACUGCAAGGUUUGUGGAGCCGAGGUUGGAAAUGAUGAAGAUUAUAGAAUUUGUGGCCAUUCCUUCUGUUCUCAAAAGUUUUUCCAUGUGAGAUGCUUGACUAGUAAGCAGUUGAAAUCUUAUGGUCCGUGUUGGUAUUGCCCUUCUUGUCUAUGUAGAGCUUGCCUCGCAGAUCGAGAUGAUGAUAAGAUUGUUCUGUGUGAUGGCUGUGAUCAUGCGUAUCACAUCUAUUGCAUGCAGCCUCCUCGCACUUGCAUACCCAAAGGGAAAUGGUUUUGCAAAAAAUGUAAUUCUGAUCUCCAGCGUAUGCGCAGAGCAAAAGGGAUGUACGAGAAUACACAAAACACAGCUGAAAAGAGAGCCUUGGAUGGAAUGCUAAAGGGCGAAGAGGGUUUGGAUAAAGACGGUGGUGUUGACAUGCUUUUAAAUGCAGCCAAAACUCUGAACAAUGAGGAGAAUCAGGCGGCCAUGUGGUUGAAUAGUUAAAUAAUUAAGCAACUACUAUUUUUGAGGACUAAGAGCCUAACCUUGGUUUUUGUUUGACACAGGAGUUCAUGUACCUGUAGUUUUAGUGUAGGACAACGUAUGCUGCUUCAUCAUGUAGUUGACUGAUAUUUUUACAGAUUGAUAGACAGAAUUUGACUUUGAUGGUGGGACUGAUAUCCGCUUUUGCCCGACCGAAGAAUUCCUGCCCUCUGUCUGGUAUAUUUGUAUGAUAGCAGUUGCUGAAUUGUCUUAGGUUUGUACUUUACAGUUGAUACUUUUCUUUUCUUAAUGGGAGGAAGGAGGAAUCAGGAUAUAUUUCGUUGGUUGUUAGAUUAGAUUACACCAUCGAAAUAUGGAGAAUUACCCUCCUUGAAAAUUAGGCCAAGAGAACAUAUUUGUUUCCCCCAUGUUAAACUCUUUUGGAACUUUUCAAAAGAGGUUCAAUUAGAAAUCUUGUUUUUCAAAA